GCUUCAACCUAACAUCAGUGAAAGUAUUCUACGGAUUUCAAAACGCGGUGCUGCUUGACAAAGUUUGCGCUUCAGGAAGCUAUUCACCCGAUACCCAUGCCAACGUUUUGAUGUCUCUGGAUCUUAAAUCCUAUACCUAGUGGACGACUCUGUUUCAUGUGGCUGGUUUGAUGUUAACUCAAUUUCACAGCUAUAUAUGUGCAGAGAUGUGAGUUAGAUCCACUCUAUCCGACUUUCCCUUCUGCGAUAAUGUACUACGACCGUACUGUUUGCUCUGGGAAUACUUCCAACGACGAUGAACGACCUGUGGUUUUGCCCUCAAUCGGCCGCAUUUUUGAUGGCGUGCCGAGACGUGGUCCUCCUGAACUGACAUUGCCGCCUCUGAGAGAUGCUCAUAGACCUUCUCGGUCGGAAACAUGGCUUCACUAUACACAGUCAAGCGUGCAUGAAUAUCCUUCUAGAACGGCCACGCAGUCCUAUUAUCUACAGACAAGAGAGACGCGCUCUUCCAGCCCCCCCGAUUCAUAUGUUUCUCCAUACGAAACUAAUAGAGCUGUGUACGAAGCCAGGUCCUACUCGUCGAUAGGCCGUUCAGAACAACUUCAAUAUUACAACCCUUCAGGCCCUGGCUGGAAAAAAAUGAGGUCGCCAUCACCUUAUGAUUAUCCUUCCGAACAGCAGGCACGAAGAUAUGACCCCAUUGCAACCCAUCGCCGCGCGCUUUCCUAUUCUGAGGUUCAACGCUCCCGUACGCCGAGCCCCGCGCUUUACAGGAGACCAGUGUACGACCAUUUGUCCGUUAAACAGUCCUCCUCGUCAUCGUCUUCCAGCAAGCACGCGUGUGGCUACUGCGGAAAGCGAUUCAGUCGACCCAGCGGGCUCAAAAUUCAUCUGACCACUCAUACUGGGGACAAACCGUAUAUCUGCCCUGAAGAAGGCUGCGGGCGUGCGUUCAGUGUUCGCAGUAACAUGCGUCGCCACGGUCGUAUCGUACAUCAUAUUAUACCCGAGGGCCAAACGACUUCAGAGUCCGGUGAUGAUACUCGCAGCAGGGAUGAGUAAUCUCAUCAUGAAUCUGACCUCUUACGACAAAAUUAUCUUCUUCUAAUUUAUUGAAUAUUUUUGGACAUUAUGUAGUUACUCCCAUACUGUAUCGCUCUUUAACUCACCAACACCCAUUUAUGUGACCCCGUGUAGCUCAUAGUUGUUUGUUUCUCUUCCUGUACCGCAGCGGUAUCGUGGACAAUCGUACUGCGUCUUUACUUUCGGAUUUGCUUCCGACAUCAUUUUGUGGCAAUACUCCGGG